AUGACUGUCGUCCACAUUGUAUUCUUCAAAUUUCGCCCGGAAAUCACAGAAGAGCACAAAGCGACAUUUGUCAAGGAGUUGAAGCAGCUAAAAGCUCUUCCGUGUGUGAAGAACAACCGGCUCAUCGUCGGGGGCCCGUCCAUCACGAACCCGAUUGAGCGUAGCAAGGGAUUCGAGUUUGCCUUGUUGAGUUACCAUGAAGACAGAAAGGCUUUGGAGGAAUACCAGAAGAGUGACGAGCAUCAUCGGGUGACAAGCACGUAUAUGUUUCCCUACAAGGAGGAUCUGAUGAGAUUUGAUUUCGAGGUGGAUGAGGAGGAUGAGUGGAUGUGUAUGUUCGGGGGGAAGAAGGAGUGA